AUGUCCAUCUAUAAUACUUCACGUACUAUUAAAGGAAAGAACACAGCAGGACGUGGUACGCCUAUGGCUCGUACUGUUCGUCCAGGUGUUGGUCCUCAACGCAUGCUUCAACAACACCAAUUACAACAACAGCAACAACAGUUACAGCAGCAACAGCAACAAGACAAUUCCUAUAAUGAAUUUGUCCUUGUUUCUACUUCUCAACGCGGCAAAAACCAUGUGAUGGACUUCAAGUCUAGUAAACGUAUUGAACCUAAAGAAUUUGCGCGUCCUGUCAAACUUCAUCGUAAAGAAACCAACUAUGUUCCUUAUAGACAAUACAUUCAAAACUUGAAUGCGGCUAAUGCGGCUGCUGCUGCCGCUACUGCUGCUGCUACUACCAACAAUACACCCAAUGUUGCUGAUGGCAACACUAAACCUGGGGAAGAACUUACUGAAACUAAUGCUACACAACAUGGUCCUAGAACAGGUGCUGAUAUUAGCCUGAUUGCGCCUAUGGGUGGUGCUACUCAUAACAAAAAGAUGCUUUUUAAGAAAAGAACUAAGCAAAUCUUUAUGGCCAAAGAAGAUACUAGAGAACUUAAAGAGCAAGAACACCGUCCUUGGAUUUUAGAAGAUUAUGAUGGUCAAAAUAGUUUUACGGGUACUCUGGAAGGUGGUCAACGUUCUGAUUAUAUGUUCUUUGUCUUGACUAACAAUGGAUUCAAAGUGAUGCCUGUCGAGAGAUGGUAUAAGUUCCAACCCAAACGUAACUUCAAGACAUUAUCAUUAGAAGAAGCAGAAGAGCAGAUCAAAAAGCAACAAAAGCGUGAUGGCAAUCGAUGGAUGAUGUUGAAGCGUGAUAAUGAACAACCUGAAGAAACACCGCGUAAUAAAUUCAAGAUUGUAGAUAAUGAAGAAAAGCAUGCUGGUUCUGAUGAUGAAGCCAAUAGACAAGAUUCUGAUAUGGAUGAUCUUGAUUUUGAUGACGUAUUCCAAGACGAUGAAGAAGGGGCAGCAGAGCAUGAAGUAGAAGACGAAGAAGUCAAAGACAGCAAAGAUCGUGUCAAGAAGGAAAUCAAGGAUUAUUCAAUAGCAGGUGGACAAGCAGAAGACAUUUCGCUUGAUGACAUGAACAAGCUGACUUCAGAAGGCAAACAAAUGCGUAAAUUAGUACGCGAUCUUGAGAAGAAUCGUGCUUAUGAAAGUGAUGAAGAAGAAGGAGAUCCUUAUGCAUCCAGUGCCGAAGAAUUAGAGACAGACAAUGAGGAAGAUGAAAAUGAUUCUGAUAAAGAAAAGAAAUCAACCCCCAUACCACCUAAAAAGAAAGCAACAGCCUUAAACAAGCCUACAUUACCAAAGAAGACACCUGUCAAAAUCAAAAAAGAAGGCAUGUCUAAACCCAUUGGCAGACCUGGUUCUCCUUCUAUCUAUAUGAAGAAGGAAAGAGACGUGUCUCCUUCACCACUUUCCCCUGUACGCCAACAAUCACCUCCUCAGCGUCCUACUCCAGACCCAUCUGCUGGUAAAAAGCGUCGUGCAGAUGAACCACCUAGUACAGAAGUCAACAAACAACGCAAGGUUACCAAUGAAGAUGAAUUGAUUACAGAGCGUGAAGUAGUCGAGACCUUAAGAGGCAAGACAAUGACUACUAAAGAAUUCUUGUAUAAUUUCCGUAAACGUAUCAGAAAGAAUAACCGUAACCGUGAUAUUAUUACGCAAUUGUUGAAGAAAGUGGCCAAGAGUUCUAGGGGGACAAAUGACCCUAGUACACGUACACUUGAACUAAAACCUGAAUAUCAAUAG